UCUCGUCGUGCGGUGCCCAUCACAGGUGACGGAUUCUAGGGAAAAGAGAGAGUUCUCCUGGUUUUCCAGUAGAAUUCGUUGACCGAAUCCCCAAAGUCACUGUGAAGAGGCCAAUGGUGAAAGAGGAAUGUCGCGGAGAUCAAGUUGAAGUCGUGCUCGACGCCGGCGUAGGCCACGAAGAUGAGAUUCAAUGAGAAAGAACUCACGGCGGUGGCCUCCCAGCCCGCCAUCAAAUGUGACAAGGAAGGAGUUUUGUUCUUCAGAGACAAACAAGAAGGUUUCUUCCGGAAAAACGAAGUCUACACUGAAAGAUGGUUCCGGCUGAAGGGGAACUUGCUGUUUUUCUUACGCAACCGGGACCCGUGUUCGGAACCGCAAGGGCUCAUUAUUCUCGAGCAGUGUCAUGUUGAGAUGGGACCCAAGACCCCGUCGAUGUUGUGUUUUUCGCUCGUCCAUAACAUGGAAGGCCACAUAUACUUCGGGGCCAGCACCGAACAAGAACGUGACUCUUGGAUGCACGCUUUCACUGGAGCUUCUAUUGAGAAUCUGAAGAGGACCGCCGAGGAGCUUCGUGCAAGGCUCGCUCUUGCGCAAGACGCCCCUCUCACGUCCUGUUGGAGGAAUGAAGUCGAAAAGUCCUUCCGGGUGUGUAAACGCGAGUGUCUGUGAAUUUCAGCUGAAGAUUUCUCAUCGGUUCCCCUCUUACUGGAGUUGAGUUGCGACAAUCUUCGCUGUGAUCAUUCCGGCAGAGCACCGAACGCGAUGCUCAUCAUCAUGGGCAGUGUGGCUCCAGCAAUAUGGGACAAGUGCGGUCACACCGAAGUUUCUGAGUGCUCAUCGAACCCCACUUUUCUACUUAACGUCGAGCUGCUGGGUCGAUUCUCCACGCCCACGACAUCGAUUCGAGUUUGCUGCUACGACGUCAAAGAGAAGUUGACAAAAACCAAGGUGCUCAUCGGAUGCGCUUCAAUAUCGAUCCGCUCCCUUCUGACUCCAUCUGACAAUCAACUACGUCUACCAUUGAUAUCUCCGGACCACGAAACAGUCGGAUUCGUCACGAUCACGGCACGCAGCGAUCAACUAUCGUCGACGUUCAAAGAGAGACUCGCACGAGGUCAUUUCGAGAAUAUGUUCAGCACGAUGUACCGAUUUCACACUGGUCUCGGAGCCCAACUCGUUGUGUCAGAGAUAAUGUCUGAGAGCAGAUUAUCGAUGGUCAUCCCUCAACUUCUACUGAAUUUGUGGAUGAAUGGAGAGAAACGCCUUCUGGACAUAGUGUUGUCUAUGGAAAGCCUUACAGUUGGUGAAUGGAAAUCGCUGCAAUCCACGGCCGUUCGGCGCCACAUGCAUCUCAUCGAGACGUAUCACAAAGCUUUCGAAACCCUCGCCGAGUACAAAGGGAGUGCCUUCAAACAGAGCGCUAUGAAAGGUGAUCGGCUAUUUGAAUUCGUUCCGGUCAAUCUCCACCUGCAGAGGAUGACGGUGCGCCAAUCGAAAAAUAAAGAUCUGUGCGACUACGACGUUGUUACGGUGGGAGCUUUUACUGCCCUGCCUCAUAAGUACGCUCAAGGAGGACUCCAUCGGCAGCUGAAGCAACUCAAAGCGAUGCAUUCCACGGCUCAGGCACAAAAUGCCGCAAUGGACACCUCGAUUGUUAAUUCCUUCAUAUUAGGUCCCGACAGGCUUUCUCAAAUGGCUCAAAGCAUCUUAAUGAUCGAAGAAUUGAGAGAAGAAAUAGAGACCUGCAUCGGGAGCCUCGUUUACAAUGCACAACUUCGUAAUCUGCAAACGAUGAUGACGCUCAUCGAGAAGAUCAAUGUCAAAGCAAAAAAACUCUCGGUCGCUUGCGAGAAAUCACUCAUCGACGAGGCUCUUGCCGUAUGGGAUACGGCACGCUGCAGUGGAUCGACCGCUGAGCUACGCAAGGUCCUGCCCAUAAAUCUGAUCGAUGCCGGACCACCCGCACUGAAUCGGAACAAGUCCGCCUCGUUACCCAGGCAGCUCUGCUCAACCAGCGGACUCUCCACCCUCAGAGAUGUCAGUGACGACGAAGAAGACGACAACGAAGAUUUCGAGGAUCGGUUGGGGAGCGAUAACUUGCAGAAUGCCAGGUCCACUCCGACACCUCGUAGCCAUACGCCAGUGCAGGAUCUCUGUGACGAUUUCGAGCCCCUGGACAUUACAUCGCUGAAUAUCCGAGCGUCCACGAUGUGCAUGACUACCAAAGUUCAUAAUUUGAAUCCGCAAGAGGAGUAUUGGGCCGAGGAGCUUCGGCCGAGCAUCCGGAAACUCCGCAGUGCUAUGGCCACCCUCGAUCGAAUCGCCAAAGUCACGUACGGUUUACUCUCUCUGAAAGAACCGUCGCACACCGCCUCUCAGAGCUACAGCGUCAGAUACAGACGGGACGUCUGCUUCGCACACUCGUUGACGGCCACAGUUGUAGCUCUACAUGCGAAACUAUGGUGCCAAAACCCUGAUCAAGUAUUCCUCCGUUCUCUGGGAUCGACGGGAACCGCUUUAGCCACAUACGUAUCCUACUUAAGCUGCUACGGAGACGAGAAGGGCAUGAUCGAAGACAUGAUCGUCGCGGUCAAAGAUCUCCGCAACGUGACUUUCAUCAUCGAGUCGGUCAAUCCUCGCCUUGGUCCCAGCCCACGGAUCGAGGGCAGCAGAGUGAGUUUACGAGUGAUUCUCCCGGUCCCCGACUCGAUACUAGAGUCCGCCGCCUUCCUCAACACUUCGGUCGAUGAGUCUAAAUUCCGGUUGAGUUUCGGUUUGACGCCGGUUUUCUUCAACGUCGGGAUCAAUGAACAAGCUACCCUCGCGGAAAGGUUGGGGAGUGUCGAGUUGCAGGAGCGACUCAAUACUGGCGGAGUUGAACUCUUGAUCGGGUACAUGAAACGCUUCCAGCGAUGCCAAGUCAAAGAAAACCUGGAACUCCAGCAGCUCGCCGAGUUACUGGAAGUCCAGCUGUCUAGUCGUAGGAACAAGAAUGUCGAUGUUCUCCAUACUUCGAUGCGGAUGUGCAGGCUAAUGCACGGUCUGCGAUUCACUUCGUGCAAGAGCGCCAAAGACAGAACUGGGAUGUCAGCGACCCUCGAACAGUUGUCUAUUCUGGAAUUGGAUCACAAUCUGGCGUCCCAACAGGUUGCUCCUGCCCUUCAUUGCAUGAGGAGUGAGGGCUCUCGUUUGCAUAAUUGUUUCAAGAAUAUCGGCUCGCCCAAAUAUGCCAUCAACACACUCCAAAUCAUGCACCUUCCGAAAGCUUAUCGACCUCCAGUGGGAACUUUUGGUGGGGGAGAGACUUAA